AUGGCUGGAGCGGGUGCGAACGCAGCCAAUCCCAUGGACCAAUAUGUUUUAAAUUGGAGAGAAUCACCGUUGGAAGAGAAGCUCGGAACGCCCCAAUAUACAUUGAGAGCCGAUUUUGACUCAACUGCCUUGCCAUCAUCCAAGGACCUGAGUCGGUACGAUUCACCAGUCAAAGACCAAGGCAAUCUAGGUUCAUGCACCGCCUUCGCAGCGAUAGCGAUCGUCGAGCACAUUGCGAAACGGAAUGGCCGAGCAUCCGACUGGUCAGAACUGUACUUGUACUACAACACUAGAGCGAAAGUGUUGGGCUGGAACCCAAAUGAAGAUUCAGGAGCAUACGUGUCCUCGACCAUGGUUGCAUUGCAAAAAUACGGGGAUGCGCGCGAACCCGACUGGCCGUACAUUAUUGCACGAUUCGGAAACUUGCCUCCACCAGCCGCGUACCUAAGAGGAGCUGUCAACCAGAUCCUCACGACGGCAUAUGUUCCGAGCACCGUGGCCGCCAUCCGUGCCGCGAUUGCGAGUGGAAAACCGGUCGACAUUGGCUUUAUCUGUUACUCGAACUUCACGAGAGACCCCGCGGUCUUCACCUCAGGACAGAUCCCCAUGCCGUCGCCAUCUUCCUUCGUAACCGGAGGACACUCCGUCACGAUUGUAGCCUACGACGAUGCCACUCGGAGGUUCAAGUUUAAAAAUUCCUGGUCAACACGCUUCGGUGUAGGGGGCUAUGGCUUCUUACCGUACGACUAUGUCGCGGGCUAUACCCCCGACGCUCCCAGGAGGAAGUUGGUAUCGGACUGUUGGACCGUGGAUAGCAUCGAGUUCGAGAACGACCAUGUGAUCCUCCGCGGUGUGAGCGCGCCAGAGGGAGUGGAGCCCUUCGAGAUGUCAAUUAUCGACCCCGCUCCUCCGGGAUCAGAGGAUUGA